AUGUUUGGCUUCGUCGCUGACGCGCUGACCGUCGCUACAACCGUCCUAUUCCCCAUCUUCGCUUCCUACAAAGCCCUCCACACCUCGGACCCCGCCCUCCUAGCCCCAUGGCUCAUCUACUUUGUCGUCCUCUCCGCCUUCACCGUCGUCGAGAACACAUUUGAUUUCAUCCUUAGCUGGGUGCCUUUCUAUUCUUGGUUCCGCUUCUUCGCCCACCUCUACCUCAUCCUACCAGGCUCGCAAGGCGCCACCUUCCUCUACCAAGAGUACAUCGAGCCAUUCCUGUACCACCACGAGCGCGAGAUCGACGAUUUCAUAAGCGAGAGUCAUGACCGAGCGAAGUCGGCUGGCCUCAAGUAUGUUGAGAUGGGAAUCGAGUGGGUGAAGACCAAUGUGUUGGGUUUUGCACCACGAAGCCCAGAGCCCGAGAGGCCGGCUGGGCAGACAUAUGCACAGAGCCUCAUGGGCCGCUUCCAGAUGCCUGCAGCACGCGGCUCCAACGAUUUAUACGGCCUCGUGAACCAAGCACUGAGCGGAGCAAGUGCACUCUACGGCGCAGGCAGCAAAGACGCACAAGCCUCGGAUCUGAGCCGCGCAGCAUCAAACCUCGUCCCAGACAACAUCCGCAACAACGACGACCGCCUCAACUACGUCACCAGCCAGCGUCAGCGCCUCGAAACCCUGCUGCAAGCAUUCGACCGCGAGCAAGACAACAUCCGCUCCCAGCAGAGUGGCGGAAGCCGGUACUACGACAACAGCAGGGCGAGCAGCAGCAGCGGCAACCUAUCACGAAACAAGAGCGAAGUCGAAUUCGACAGAAUCGAGCGCGACGAAGUCAACGAGCGCCCGCCAUACCCACUCACACCACCGCCGCUGGGACCGCCGAACAAGCUCGGGCUGGAUGCCGUGGAAUUGGCAGCGCGCAGAGGUGCCAGAGGACCCGCUCGCGUAUGGAAAGGAGCCGGGACAGUCGCGUGCGAGAACUUCGGGCUUUGA